UGUCUUUUAUUUAGUAGUGGCGACGAGGAAAAUUUAAUACUAUCGGACGAUUAAUAUUAACAUUUAAAGAUGUCGGUGGGGAAAGUGCGUGAAUUUGAUGUGAAGAAUGGCAAUUGGUGCGCGUACGUGGAUCGUUUGGAGAUGUACUUUGUGGCGAAUAAAAUAACGGACGAACUUAAAUUACCGACGUUUAUUGCACUCAUCGGUGAGCAGGCUUACGAGUUGCUAUCGACGUUAGCAAGCCCAAAGAAGCCGUCAACACUUACGUAUAAAGAAGCUGUGGAAACAUUGCGAGCACAUCUGCAACCGAAACCAUCUAUACUGGCUGAGCGGUUUAGAUUUCGGCAAAGACAACAACUAACUACAGAGACAGUAGCGGAGUAUGUAGCAGAGUUGAAGAAGAUGUCACGUUAUUGCGAAUUUGGAGCUACACUGGAGGAAAAUCUCCGAGACCAGUUUGUUUGUGGGCUUCGUAGUGAAAUAAGUAGGCAAAGAUUAUUUGCUGAGGGUAAUUUGGAUUACACAAAAGCAGUGGCAUUAGCUUGUACUCUAGAGGCAGCCGAGCGGGAUGCCGGGGCCGUUGAGAAAAAGCGUGAACAAGAAUCGGCUGAAAAUAUUCACAAAAUAGAAGAGAAGAAUUGUACAGUGUGUGGUGGUACCCAGCAUAGGGCAGUCGAGUGCCGAUACAAAGAAUUUGAAUGCAACUAUUGUAAGAAAAAAGGCCAUUUGCAAAGAAUGUGUGGGAAGAAGGCAUCAAUACAGCGGGGGCAUUACAGCUUCGGCGGUCGAAAGUCACUUCGAGGUCGCGCAAACGGCCUAGGAGUGCACAGCGGGUGGCGAAGCAGGGGCGCGGGUGCGAGCGCGGGCGGCAGGGAAGGCCGCGCGGCGCACACGCAUUGGCUGGCCGAGCGCCCCGAGCGGGCCAAGCCCGGGGACAGCGAGCACGAGGACAGCGCGGACGACUACGAGCCGAUGUAUCAAAUGUCUUUAAACAAAUAUUCGCCGGCAUAAGAACCUCUUCGAUGGCACAUUGGGCAAAUAUACUGGACGUGAAGUAGAUUUACAUGUACGUGACGGCACUAAACCUGUGUUCCAUCGAGCGCGGCCCGUGCCGUACGCACUGCGGCC